AUGUCUUCACAUGGAAGUCAUCAACAUCACCAUGUAGCCGGCGGUCCUGAAUGUAAAGACAAAUGUCCACCAUCUGAACAUUGUACACAAGACUGUAAGAAACCAGCUGAUGGUAAAGAACAUGCUAAAGGACAACAUUGUGAUGAUGAUUGUCAUAAACCAGGUGUUGGUAAAGAUCAUUGUAAAGACGGUUGUCACUGA